AUGCCCAGCCUCACCACACCAACCCCCUCGACCGCUAAGCCUCAGCAUAAGCAGCUUACCUUCUACACGUCUCCGUAUUCUCCUUAUUGCCAUCGUGUGCACAUCGCACUCGAGGAGGCCAAGGUUGCGCCGUCGCUGGUCGAAAUCGACCUGAGGCCAGGCUGCAAACCGGCAUGGUUCACCUCCAGAGUCAACCCCAUGGGCACGGUCCCUGCGUUCACGUAUGGUGGCGCACCCGCUCCGCCUGAUCAGCCGUCCCCUGCUGCCCUGAAGCUCGCAGAAUCUAUCGUCCUGAUCGAGUUCAUCGCCGAUCUCCAUCCUGAGGCGGCCCUCCAUCCCAAAGACCCUGAACUUCUGGCCAGGGCGCGUCUCUUCAUCACCCUCUCCCACGACACUUUGCACCAUGCGUUCAGAGGCUUUUUCUUCCGCGGCGAGCGCAUCGAAUCGAUCCUGCCGUCGUUGGAGGCCUUCCAGGCUCUCCUUGCGCCGUCCGGCUACGCUGUCGGACCGUGGUCGAUGGCGGACGUCGUUGUGGCGCCGAUGAUUGUUCGGUUCAUGCGGCUCGCGGGGUAUGAAAUCGGAAAGUACCCCAUGGGAGAGGGCAAGAGACUCCUGAAGGCGCUCGGGGAGCCCAAGUUCGCUCGGUUCAUGCAAUAUUACCAGAGCCUGUGGGAGAGGCCGAGCGUCAAGACAACGUGGGACGAGCACACGAACGUCAAGAUGUGGAGGAUUCACCCGAACGUUAACCGCAGCACAUCUGCGGUCGGGCAUUGAACGCGCAGGAGUUGAGGAAAUCGUUCUCGCCGUUCUGUCUUUCUUGCGCCACCUACUGCUUUUUUGGACGAUGCGCUACU